CUGGAAGAGGGGCAACCGGGACAGAAUCCAGUGCCCCGACCGGGACUAGAACCCAGUGUGCCGGCGCCGCAAGGCAGAGGAUUAGCCUAGUGAGCCGCGGCGCCAGCCCAUCCAUCCAGGUCUUGUGUGUGGGUGGCAGGGGUCGCAGCAGUUGAGCUAUCAUCUGCCGAUUUCCCAAGCAUAUUUGCAACAAGCUGGUUUGGAAGAGGAACAGCCAGGAUUCAAAUCAGCACUUUGACAUGGGAUGCUGAUGUCUCAAAUGGCAGCUCAACCCGUAGUGUCACAAUGCCAGCCACUUCCAGUUUUUUUUCUUUUUUUAAUACUUCAUCUCAGGGCUGGUGUAACCGGUUUGCAGCACUGGCAUCCUGUAUGGGCAGCAGUUCGAGUCUCAACUGCUCCACCUCCAAACCAGUUCCCUGCUAAUGCACCUGCAAAAGCUGCGGAAAAUGGCCUAAAUGCUUGGGCCCCUGCACACCCACAUGGGAGCCUCAGAGGAAGAUUCUGGCUCCUGGCUUUGGUCUGGCUCAGCUCCGGCCACUGCAGCCACUUGUGGGGUGAACCGGAGGAUGGAAGGUCUGUCUCUUCCAAAUAAAAUAAAUAAAUAACACUUCAUCUCACAGAACUGUUACUUUGCUUAAGUGUCUGUCUUCCUUGCCAGCUGCCAACUCCUCGUGGGGAGGCUAUAAUUUGUCCAUCUUUGCAUCUUCAGAAGUUUGCAGUGUUAUGUAUGUACUAGCAGUUUGAUGCCUGUUCCUUGAAUAAACCAUUUACUCUGAACCAUGAUGAGAGGCUAGAGCUGCCACCAAGCCACCUACCAAGGACUGGGGUGGGCCUUCUUACCACACUGAGGAUGGAGAGCUGGCUUCCAACAGAAUUUUGCAACUAUCCUGCCAGGGUCGACUCUCAACAAAGGGAAGCUCACUGGUAGCCUGUGGCAUAAUCCGUUUUUGGAUUUUUUUGGGUUUUGGAGGAUGGAAGAUGAAAGAAUUCAGAUCCUUUGUUCUUUGCUCUCCCCUCUAAAAUCUUAGCAUAAAAUCCACAUUCCAUCAUUUCAGACUCGGUCUUGCCUGUUUUUGAUGCUUCUUGCAUUGUUUCAUUGCAGCUACCAAGCAAAACCCUAAUCUGGGAUUCAGUUAUCCAUCAGUUUCAAGACACUAAUGGAAUCUCAACACAGGUUUUGUAAAUUUGUAUCCUCCAACCCCAUUUGGGCCCUUGCUGCCCAGUGAUCCUGCUCAUUUUCCAAACCACCUCUUUUCCAUUCUCCACAACCCAUUCUUUUCAAACUUCUGAUUUCACCUCUCUUCUAGUCACUGAACCUCCCUUGAGAGUCCAAUGGGAGAUGCAAGCAAAAACAAAAAGCACCUCAACUGAUGUUUGGUCAAGUGCUGUGUCCGACAAAGUGUUAGUGUUGGGAAGCACCUAGAAGGGAGGAGCACCUUAGGUGUGGACAGGCAGUACAGCCUUCCUUAAAAACAGCUGCGAUUGGGCCAGUGCUGUGGUGCAGUGGGUUAGCCAUGACCUGCAGUACCAGCAUCUCACAUGGGCACCAGUUCUAGUCCUGGCUGCUCCUCUUCCGAUCCAGCUCUCUGCUAUGGCCCAGGAAAGCAGUGGAAGAUGGCCCAAGUGCUUGGGCCCUUGCACCCACAUAGGAGACCUGGAAGAAGCUCCUGCCGUUGUGGCCAUUUGGAGAGCGAACCAGUGAAUGGAAGACCUUUCUCUCUCUCCCUCUCUCUGUAAUGCUACCUCUCGAAUAAAUAAAAUUAAAAAAAAAAAAAAAGAGAGAGACCUGAAUUGAGGGAGUGGCAUUGAGCUUAGAGAGCCAAGUGUCUUAUUUAAGAGAUAUUAAGAAGUAGAAGAGACAUGAUUUGGUGAUAAAUUAUGUGUAGGGACUAAGGCAAGAGGAAGGGUCUGAGAUGACAUUUAGGUGUCUGCGAAUAACUAGUGUACAAUUUACGGUGAGUUUGAGGUGCCUAGGAGAGACCUGUCCACGUGACGUCCAAUGAGCAAUUAGGCUGUAUCUGGAACUCCAGUGAUGGCUGGGACAGAGAUGAGAUCAGGAGCAGCAAGCACAUUGAGGCUCUGGGAGUGAUAAGGAUGAGGUCUUAACGAAAAAAUGUGAAGGUCUGAUAGAACCCUUAGGAUAAGAUUGAGAUAAAAGGAGACUGAUGAGGCUCCCAAGGAGGCUGAGGAUGACCAGAGGCAUGGGAGGAUAUUAAACUAGAGGUCAGGGUUAUGGAGAAUGCCUGUCAAGGUUAGAUCCCUAUAGCAGGCUUCAACACCUUGAACUUCUCUGUAAUGCCCCUGUGCUUCUCUCAUGCUCACUGUAAGUGCAAGGGGCAUGAGGUCUCUACUGGCCUGACUGGUCAUUUUAUCCUAGUACUGCACACUGGCAGAAAGGAGGUGCUCCGUGCACUGGACAGCUGGGGGGAGAGUCUCACCAGAUUGCAGAGCAUGUCUCUGGGAACGAAUCUGUUCCAAACCACACUGCAUUUUCAAGCUUCGUGGCCAGUGACAGAAGGUGGAUUGUGAUGUGGAUGGAACAUGAAACCUUGGUAAGUUCCGUAACCAAGGAGGAAGAAGUACCAACAGCCAGUGGAGACCGAAAGAACUGCUCCUCCUAUCCCCCUUCAAGUUGCUAGCAGAGGGCUGGGCCCAGCAUCCCAGACUUAAUGUGACUCCAUAGGCAAGCAUCCAGAGACCAGCUUCACUUUGGUACCCCGGCCUUCAGUGGCUAGAGGUGCUGGCCUUGGAGUAGACAGGAGGCUUCCAGGUAGCCAAGCUCCUUGCUCUCAGCAAGCCCGGCAGUAUGGGGAAGGGAGAUGCGGUGGAGGCGGCGGCAGCACCAGCCACUCUGGCUUACCGAUCUGUCAUGGAGGAGUAUGGCUAUGAGGUGGGCAAGGUCAUUGGCAAUGGCUCCUACGGGACAGUGUACGAGGCUUAUUACACAAAGCAGAAGGUCAUGGUGGCCGUCAAGAUCAUCUCAAAGAAGAAGGCCUCCGAGGAUUAUCUAAACAAGUUCCUGCCCCGUGAGAUACAGGUAAUGAAAGUCUUGCGGCACAAGUACCUCAUCAACUUCUAUCAGGCCAUCGAGACCACGUCCCGCGUGUACAUCAUCCUAGAGCUGGCACAAGGUGGAGACGUCCUCGAGUGGAUCCAGCGCUAUGGGGCCUGCUCUGAGCCCCUUGCUGGCAAGUGGUUCUCCCAGAUGGCCCUGGGCAUCGCCUACCUGCACAGCAAGGGCAUCGUGCACCGCCUGACCCCCAGCCUUUCUGCUGCUGGUAGGGACUUAAAGUUGGAGAACUUGUUGUUGGACAAGCGAGAGAAUGUGAAGAUAUCGGACUUUGGCUUCGCCAAGAUGGUGCCUCCUAACCAGCCUGCGCGUAGUAGCUCUUCUUACCGCCAAAUGAACUGCUUUUCCCACCUCAGCCAGACCUACUGUGGCAGCUUUGCAUACGCCUGCCCCGAGAUCUUGCUAGGCUUGCCCUACAACCCUUUCCUGUCGGACACCUGGAGCAUGGGAGUCAUCCUCUAUACUCUGGUGGUCGCCCGUCUGCCCUUCGAUGACACCAACCUCAAGAAGCUGCUCAAGGAGACUCAGAAGGAGGUCUCUUUCCCGCAGAACAACGCCAUCUCCCAGGAGUGCAAGAACCUGGUCCUUCAUAUGCUAUGCCAAGCAGCCAAGCGUGCCACCAUCCUGGACAUCCUCAAGGAUCCCUGGGUGCUCAAGUUCCAGCCUGAGCAACCCACCAAUGAGAUCAGGCUGCUAGAGGCCAUGUGCCAGCCCACCACCAGCAGCACCAGCAAUCGGCAGCAAUCCUUGGGCAACACAACCUGAAAAUGGUUGCUGGGAGGGGAGGGAAGGAAAGAAGGGAGGGACUGAGAGAGGGGCAAAGCAGGAGGGUCCAGGGCUAAAAAUCUUUUAUACCGUAAAUAAAUCUGAUUUAGUUUCAUCA